AUGGGAAGUUGGUGUACGGUCAGACUGGUCGUGUCAGCGGUCAGGCCAGACGUGUCAACAAUGGGACAUUGGUCAAUAAGCUGGGCAGGAACCUUCAUUGUUGUUGUCGGCAACCGUAGUUUGACUUCUCUGUGUACAAGAUGGUGGACUGGUACUCUCUUCUGUUGUGUUAUUAUUGUUUUGUACCGAACCGUGCGUGUCGUGUCUUUGAGGAAAGUCGUUAUACAAUGUGAAACCUUGCAAAUCUUGACUAUGGAAGUGCAGAUUGGUGGUCUAUUUUUCACGUCAAAUUUUGACUCUGGAAAUUUAAGCAAAGUAGAAAAAGUAGUCAGAGAGCAUACCAAUGACACUCCAGUUGGUUCAAAUAUUCCACCUAUAAAAAACACUGAUUUUCAACCUGACUAUGAGUUCAAUGUAUGGACUAAACCAGAUUGUGCAAAUACAAUCUAUGAAAAUGGCAACAGGUCAUGGUUUCAUUUUGGUAUUCGAGGUGCAUCAGCAGGCAAACUGAUAAAAAUUAACAUAGUGAAUAUGAACCGACAAGGACGACUGUAUAGUCAAGGAUAUUGCCCACUUGUACGUACUCUUCCUGGCAAGCCAAAAUGGGAACGUAUCCGAGAUAAACCUUCGUAUGAGACAAUUGAUGGUCAGUUUAUCUUAACAUUCAUUCAUCGAUUCACUGAACUAAAGGGAUCUACAACAUAUUUUGCCUUUGCCUAUCCACAUUCUUACCUGGAAUGUCAGAACCAGGUCAGUGAGAUUGAGAAGAAGUUUGAGUAUUGUAAGAAUUUUUCAUCAGCUUCCAAUUAUCCAAAUGAUACAGUCUACUUUUAUAGAGAACUUUUAUGCCAUUCCUUAGAAAAUCUACGUAUAGAUCUAAUUACAAUAUCCUCAUUCCAUGGCAUCACUGAUCAGGAAGAACCUCGCUUUGAUGCCAAACUUUUCCCUGAAAAAGAAGUGCCAAGAUGUCGUGAGUUCAAAAACAAGCGUGUUUUUGUUUUAACAAGUCGAGUUCAUCCAGGAGAGACACCAGCCAGUUUUGUAUUCAGUGGCUUCCUCAACUUCAUCUUGCGCAAUGAAGAUCCUCGUGCUAUUCAGUUGCGUAAACACCAUGCCUCACGUAAAGGUUGCUUUAUUUAUGGAAACUUCCUAGAGGAUGAUGAAUUACAGAUACAAAAUAUGCUCUACCCUAAGUUGGUAUCUUUGAAUACAGCACAUUUUGAAUUUUCUGCUUGCAACUUCUCUCAAAGAAAUAUGUAUUUAAGGGAUAAGAGAGAUGGUCUCUCUAAAGAGGGUAGUGGACGAGUGGCUGUUUAUAAAUCCACUGGAAUUAUACACAGUUAUACCCUGGAAUGUAAUUACAACACUGGUAAAGUAAUGAAUCCUGUAGCUCCUGCUUAUGGUGAUAAUGGACGAGCUUCCCCUCCAACUGUAGUUGGAAUUCCACCUAAAUACACUCCUUCAAUAUUUGAAGAUGUGGGUAGAGCUGUAGCUAUUGCUGCAUUAGACAUGAAUGAUACCAACCCUUGGUCAAGAGUGACUCUUUCCGAGUACAAACAUCUUUUGGGUGCCAAAGAAUGGUUAAAGAAGUAUUGCCUUGUCCCAAAGGGUUUUACUCGACCCAAAAAUGCUAAGCCUCCACUUCGUACGCUCAGCUUUUCUCACUUCUCAAGCAAUGUACCAAGUCGAUUCAUACGUGCCAGUGAGAGCUUCUCAUCCCCAGGCAGUGGACCAGCAUCAAUGUCAGUCUCUGCUCACCUAUCAUCCCAAAUGGGUCCCAAAAAAGAACUCCGCCCAGUUAGAGAAGCAUCUCGAAGAUUCUCAUCAUGCCCCAGGAAGUUAAAUCUGUUGGUUUCAGACAAAGGAAGUAUAUCUCAUUCUGCAACAAAGCCACCACACAGUUCAUAUUCUGCUUUAUCUGGGAACACUUCUCAACCAUUUCCAUCAACAAGGUGUAAAUCUCUUCCAGUGUCCAAAUUAUCUGUCCAAACUACAUCCAGUUUGAGUCCUUGCAAACUUGCCCAAUCAUCCUUAUCUCACAGUCCCUCAUUUGAUUCUUAUAUCCCUAAAACUGGCAAAAUUGGACAGCUGAAAAGUGCCCCUACAAUUGUAAGAUCUAAAACCAAUAAUAGCAGUUCAUCUGUACAUAAGAAACCUUCGGGUCGGUCUAACUUAAUUCGUUCUAUGUCUGGUGCCAGUGAUAGUCAUUGUGUGACAGUUCGCUAUCACAGUCGUUCAGUAGACAGUCCGAAGCUCAUUGCCACUGCAAGCAGCAGUCAUGGUCGCAGUCACAGCUUUAAACAGAGGUAUCUUCACUCCACUUCAGACCAUGCUGUGGCUACCAGUAAAAAAAAAUUGUCUACAGACCUUAACAAACGAGAUGGUACAAGUGCUACUCCUUCCAGUUCUGAGUUCAACAAAAAACUGACUGCUGAAUCAACAACCAGUGAAAUACCAAGAAACAUCCCACCAAAAAAGAAGAGACGUUUCAGUUUGUUAAAAAAGAAGCAAGCAGCAGUCAAUUUCCUGAAAGGAAAUAUUGCCCCUCUUCAAGUGGCUGAUUCAGGAUCAGCAGGCUUGAAGUUGAAGGAAGAAGGUUAUACACAGUCCCAUUCCGCUAAAAUAUCUUCCAAGCAUACAAAACAAGUUGGACAGUCAAUGGGUGUCCAAGGUUCUGUUACCAAUCUAUCAAAUAAACGCAAUAAAAAGUCUAAGGAACAGAUAUGGUCAACUAACCAAGUCUACAAUGAGAGUAAUCUACUACCUGUCCAGACCAGUGGCCAUUAG